CGGCCGUCCUUGCACUUUCGUUCCCUCGCAUAAGGAAGUUCGCUUAUUUUCUGGAGGAACAUGUAUAUAUAGUCACCAUACCUUACGUAUAGCAUACCUUAGAUAGGUCGAAAACGCGAGAAUAUGAAAACGUGACGGCGAGGGAGCGAAAUCGCGAUGGCGAGAGUGCGAGAUUAAUCUCGCGUUUUCGCUCCUUUGCUUUCUCGUGUUUUCAUUCUUUCGCAUUCUCGCGUUUUCGCUCCCUCAUUUUUCGCAUUCUCGCGUUUUCGACAUAAGGUCGAAAUUACGAGAUUUGAUAUUUGGCCCUAACGAGCCACCAUAGACAAGGUGUUUCGCUGCGAUGUUGUGUAUACACAAUUUGUAACUUGCUGUUCCUAUUCAUCUAAUCGGAUUUGGAUUACGCCUCACAAUCGUUUGUUGGAGAUGUCAAUUAUAUGGAUUUGGGCCUAACCCAUGUUUCCAGAACCCACCGACAUAUUACCUCAAGUGGAGGUUACACACAUUUGUCAAAUAACAGAAUAAUAAUUUAGAACUGAAUUUUAACCAUGGCAUGUUCCCAAGACCAGUUAUCGACAAGCCGGCUGGGUUUAGAAGAGGAACUGUCCUGUACCAUCUGUCUGGAGUUGUACGAUGAUCCUGUAUCCCUCCCAUGUCAACACAAUUUCUGUCGUAAAUGUAUACAUGGACACUUACAGCAGAAGUCGGAUGUUCUCGUGCAUGUCCUUGGAGGUCAGCCUAGACGAUUCCAGUGUCCAAAUUGUCGGGAAUCUACCGAGCUCACGGAUACAGACAUUACAACUUUGCCAAGGAAUUUCGCUUUACAGAACAUUAUUUCAAAAAUUCAGGCAGUGAAAUCAGAAAAUGAGGAGGAAGAUGUAAGAGAAAUUAACUGCUGCCAUCACAACAAACCUCUGAUGGUGUACUGCAAUACAUGUGAGGAGGCCAUGUGUAUUGAUUGCAUUCCAACACGGAGUCAUGAAAACCACACCAUUGUCCAUUUUAAGGACAAAAUGAAGAUGUACCAGGAAGAAGUGGAACAGUCAGCUUUACCUAACGUUAUCAUGUUGCAAGAAUCAUUCAAAGAAAUGAAGAGAGAACUUAACAGUAGUCACGAAGAAACCAUGGAAAUGCUUCUGGUCAAUUGGAAAGGAGUUGCUGACAUUUUUCAGGAACUUAGAUCAGCCGUGAAUCAGAAAGAAUCAGAGUUGAUGUUUUCAUUUGAGUCGAAGAAACAGGAAAUGGAAUCCCAUUAUAACAGUCAAACUGACAGGAUGGAUGUCCAGUUGGACACUCUGGAAAACCUCAUCACAAAAUUUUCCACCAUGAAUUUCAAUGAUCAUGCAAAACUUACUGAGGAAAUAAAAUUGGACAAAGAAAGGUGUGAAGAGGUGUCACGAGAGGAAACCAUGAUGAAAGAAAACAAGGAACAGUUCCUUUCUGACAUAAAAGAGUUAGAUGUUUCCAAACCGUUAUUAGAAAUAACUGAAGAGCUGAAGAGGAUUAUGUCUAAACUCAAAAUUGAUAUGACAUUUUCAGAAUGCACAUCAGACGGUAAACUUCAUGGUACAGAAAAGCCAACACCUUCUCAUCCAAAAGCAGCAUAUCUAGCAGAUGAUUAUUUGACAGAGGCAGAUCCGACAGAAGCAUGUCCAGCAUCAGCGAAAACAGGUGAGAGUGCCCGUCAAAAGGUGAAGAUUGUGGAUCCCAACACUGGGAAAGAUAUAUCGAGUGAAAUCUGCAGCGGAACAUACACUGGACGAAGUUCUUCUGUAGAGCUGUCUCGGAGCCAUUGUUAUGACACUUACCAGAGCCCCAAUGACAACAUGAUGGUCAAACCAUUGAAUAAGAAAAAACAAUCAAAAGGAAGAUCAAAUAUUUGGUUUGACACACGAAAGCAGAAGAACAAGAACAAGAAACUGGGAAGUAGUGGAUGGUUCAUCAUCGAUGAUUUCUAGCUCACCUGGCAUGGCACAGCAACCAUCAUCAACAUUUCUUCAAAUCCCUACUAGUCCUCAUGAACACCUUACUAAAUAAAUUUUGAUGAAAUUUGGUCUUUAGCAUUAUUGGGCAAACAAGAUCUAAUGUUUAUUAAAGAGAGUUGUGAAACUCUUGGGAGCAGGAGAAAGGGGCCCAAUAGGGGAAAUACAGCGAAAAAAAAAAAAAAA